ACAAACCAUUCUGCAGGAUGUUGGAAUUCCUGAAGCAGCCUGUUGUGGUCACUGCAGAGAUCAAUGUGAAUCUGGUGGCUCUGACUGUGAUGGGAUUAGUAAACCGGCUCUGGGCGCUCUCCUACCCACGGGCUGUGGUGUAAGCACAGUGCUUCACUUCCUACUUAAAAUACAUGUGAUUUUUUUUUUUUUAAGUUUGCAAGUGAGUAUGUAAUGGUGAUGAUAGGUUCUGAGUUGCUGACUCAGGAUACUUGCCUCCCUGGUAUGGAUUCAGCACAUGCAGUGGCAAUGCAAGCAUCCUCACCAGCAUGCCUCAACCCUGACCUAGAGGACUGAAAGGGAUGCUAAAUCUCUAUGCUCCAUUCAGUCCUCCUGCUGAGAUUGCCAAAGGAGGAGUCAGUUAAUGUCCUCAUCACUAAGGUUACUUAGGAGGCUUUGAUGGAAACUUCUUGUGGAACAGAAUUGGGGCUGAGUACAGUAUGAACGUGCCAGUGUGGUCCUUGCGAUUGCUGCCAGCGCUAACUGGUGCCCUGUGUGUGCCUUUAGCGUACCAGAUUUUGGUAGAGCUGCACUUCUCCCAUUGUGCCGCGUUUGUAGCUGCCCUCCUGAUCCUCUUUGAGAACUCUCUGAUCACUCAAUCCAGGCUGAUGCUCUUGGAAUCAGUACUAAUCUUUUUUAUCCUGCUUGCAAUUUUGUCCUACCUGAAGUUCUACAAUUUACAGAAGUGCAGCCCCUUCACUGCAGGCUGGUGGUUUUGGCUUUUGCUGACUGGAGUUGCUUGUUCCUGUGCAGUUGGGGUGAAAUACAUGGGGCUUUUCACCUACAUGCUGCUUUUGGCCAUCGCUGGAGUCCACUCCUGGCACUUGAUAGGAGACCAGACCUUGUCAAAUGUUUCUGUGUUGUGCCAUUUGCUAGCGAGGGGACUAGCUCUAGUAGUCAUCCCAGUAGCAAUGUACCUGUCUUUCUUCUACGUUCACUUGACUUUGCUAUACCGCUCAGGACCUCAUGACCAGAUUAUGACCAGUGCUUUCCAGGCCAGUUUGGAGGGCGGGCUAGCUCGGAUCACACAGGGCCAGCCCCUUGAGGUGGCCUAUGGCUCCCAGAUUACCCUGCGGAAUGUAUUAGGCAAACCCAUGCCAUGCUGGCUCCAUUCUCACAAGAACACUUAUCCCAUCAGGUACGAGAAUGGCCGAGGCAGCUCCCACCAGCAGCAGGUGACUUGUUACCCCUUCAAGGAUGUCAAUAACUGGUGGAUCGUUAAGGAUCCUGGGAUGCAGCAGCUGGUGGUGAGUAACCCACCACGUCCCGUCCGACAUGGGCAUAUUGUGCAACUGGUCCACGGCAUCACAACUCGUUACCUCAACACACAUGAUGUUGCUGCACCUCUGAGCCCACACUCCCAGGAAGUCUCCUGUUACGUUGAUUACAACAUCUCCAUGCCAGCACAGAGCCUCUGGAGAGUGGAAAUUGUAAAUCGGGAAUCGGACACAGAUGUGUGGAAGACCAUUUUAUCUGAAGUAAGGUUUGUCCAUGUGAAUACCUCAGCAGUGCUGAAGCUCAGUGGUGCAUCUCUACCUGAGUGGGGCUACCGGCAGCUGGAGAUCAUUGGGGAGAAGUUAUCCAAAGGGUAUCACCAGAGCAUGCUGUGGAAUGUGGAGGAGCACAGAUAUGGGAAAAGCCAAGAGCAAAAGGAGAGGGAAGUGGAGCUGCACUCACCCACGCAGGCUGACAUCAGCAAAAACCUCAGUUUCAUGGCCAGAUUCACAGAACUGCAGUGGAAGAUACUGACAUUGAAAAAUGAAGACACAGAACAUAAGUAUAGCUCCUCCCCCCUAGACUGGAUCACUAUGGAUACAAACAUCGCUUACUGGUUCCACCCUAUCUCCGGUGCUCAGAUCCACCUCAUUGGGAAUGUUCUCACCUGGGCUUCAGCUAAUGUUGCAACUCUUGUAUAUGUGUGUCUGUUCCUGUGGUAUUUGCUUCGACGACGGAGGAAGAUUUGUGACAUCCCUGAAGAUGCAUGGAGGCUCUGGGUAUCAGCUGGAGGACUCUGCGUGGGAGGCUGGGCUGUGAAUUACCUUCCCUUUUUUGUGAUGGAGAAGACACUUUUCCUGUACCACUACCUGCCUGCUCUCACUUUCCAAAUUCUCCUGAUUCCUGUUGUACUGCAGCAUCUGACUGAUCACCUCUGCAGAUCCCAACUCCCUAAGAACGCGUUCAGUGCCUUGAUGGUAGCCUGGUUCUCUUCCGUUUACCUGGUCUAUCGCACAUUCAGCCCACUGACCUAUGGGGAGCCUACCCUCUCAGCAGCUGAGCUCAGGGCCCUGCGCUGGAAGGAGAGCUGGGACAUCUUGAUCCGCAAACACUAGUGGAGCCAGUUGAGAUAGAACUGAUCAUGCUUACAAGUAACUCUGCUCUCAUUUCUUGAUAGGGGUUCAAGGUAAAAAGCCUUGUAAUUUAUGUUGGCAAGAAUUCAAUCCCCAUGGGGCAGAUGAUGUAAUGGUAAGACUCAGUUUUUGUUCUCCUCUAUAGCACGAAUUAGUCUCAUUGCAAAUCUACAGUAUUAUAGAUUAGCUGCAUUGUGUAGAACAGGUGUCUAGACUGAUCUGGAGAGAGUUUUUACUAUAGCACUUCCUCAUGUUCUAACCACCAGCCUGCUGCUCAAGGCUGCCACCUUUGGAGGAAAGAGACUCAUACCUGACGCGAUGCAUUCAGGGGAGACCCUAGUGACACUUCACUGAAGCUUUAACUAACCACCUCCACAUAGAGCUCACAGCUAUAUGGCUGAGAGGAGAUUACACAGGGAUUUGUUUGCUCAUUCCUGCUCCCCGUGCUAGUUAGACACCCCUAGUGAGUAUGUCUGGGCUGGGGGGGAGAAGGGGUGUAUGAAAAUACUUAAUAUAAAAUGGUUACAUUCAUGUGGCUGUUGUUUCUUCAUUGGUUUAUUAAUUAAAGCAGCACAACCACUCGAGUCAGGCUUUGCUUUUAUAAGAGAUGAAAAAAGUUCAUCUUCAAUAAUAACCAAUUCUUCCUGCUAGUCUUAAGCCUGCAUUUACAGAAUAUACAUGACAGAUAGUAGGUACCAAUUGGUGUUUGAUGUUAGGAUGCUACGCUAAGCUUUGCUGGAACUACUCAUGGGCUGAAUGCCUGAGCUUUAACACUGCUUUGGGGAAGGAAUGAGAACUACAAACCAUGUCUGCACCCAGUCAGUACUGAAGUGUCCUCCAAGGUCAGCCUAUGCUACAUGGAGUGUAGCUCGGCUAGUAACAAAACACCUCAACUAGAUGAUGGAGCCCCACUGCUGCUUGUAAGUUGCCCAAGAGAAGCCUAAUUUUCCUCAGCCCUGAGUAAAACAGACUUCUUGGCAGUUGUGCCAAUGAGAGGUCAGUUUCUUCUCCACAGGUCUGGCACUGCCAUGGACAGAAGGGAAAGCUGGGAAUCUGUACCUGCUUGUUUAAAAACAAGGAUCUUUGCUCCAAGGAAAAAGCACCAUGAGCAGAGAUAAAGUAUCCUAUACCCCACUGGGUUUACAGCACACAAUGCCAUCUAACACCAGGGGCAGGGUCAAUAGUCCAGCUUCUUUCUCUCCUCUGUGAGAAGACACACACCUACCUCUUGAAUCUGCCCCUAAGCUGCUACGGGCAUGUCACAAACCAGUUUGUUAAAAAGAUUGGUCUGGAACAGAGGUGGCAAUUUCAGACCCCAACCUGGUUAGUGGGGACGGCUGCUGGACUCCAGAUGAGAUCGUUUGCUAGCUGUCAGCAUGGUGCUGCCCUCUGCUUGCUCAGGGAACGAUCGCUUGUAUGUCCGACCAUGCCCAUUCAUAGCCCCUCGCUGCCACUUGCAGAUGUCUCCAUUCAAAAUGUCCUGGAUGUGCUGCACAAUGAGGUUUAUAGCAACUGCAAAAAGAACAGACACGUGCUCAAAAAAAACAGUGGCACAAACAGCCCAGUCUGAUUCAGUGUGUGAACCUGCUGCUUGCAUUUGGAGCCACUGUAGUAGGGUCAAAUCCUAACAACAUAAUGCCAGUCUCUAAAACCUAUAGUCCUGGUUCAGAAAAAGUCAGGGAUAAUCCAUAUCAGAAUCUAUCUACACUUUACAACAGUGUACAGUAGGAGAAUUUGGGGAAUCUGACUUCAUGUGCAGAAUUCAAUUAAACGUCCCUUACCCAUAUUGUCGACUCCACGAGGAAUAAUCACAUCAGCAUACUUCUUUGUCUGCAAAUAAGAAACAACAGUAGGGCCUGACAUUUCACAAUGAUGAUUACCACUAUCCCCAGAUCUGAAAAAGGAGCCCACAGCUGCACUCCUCCAUUGUAGUAGUAUCUAUAAGUCUGUUUGAUCAACUGAAUGUUAUAGUGGUGACUGCAGUUGGGACUAGUUGCCUCUAUACUAAAAGCACUCAAGACAUUCCUCUCAUACUACUCCAGUGACCUGAGGCUGAUGUUACCUUCAUUGAGCCUCUUUUUCAGCAUAGCCUGACUCUCUACAACAAAAGCAGGUCAAUCCAGUUAGAAUUGGUUCUAAUCAGAACACCACAAGCGGCUUGUAAAUCUUUGAGUUGCUGCCUCUCUCUGAUCCUUCUAUGACCUCUACUUUUUAUAAAAAGGCAGUUCCUAGUAGGGAUGCUGAUCUUGCUGCUGACUGCACUUACGUUAAAGACCAUGCCUCCUGCUAGAUCAAAGUAAAAAUAGUUGUUUUUCAUUCUUAAGCAUUAACACAUUUAUUUAUAUGGUCACCUAAACUGGCAGCCUCCUUCUCUCCUGUACAGUUACAUGCAGGAGGGUAGGGAAGCAUUGCCCCUAGGUCAUACUGCAGUGGUUAAAGUCAACAGAAACCAGUUUCUAUUACAUACAUGAAAGGCUGGGCAUGUCAGCCAGAAUACCCAUGGCAGUAAUCAAAGAAACCAUUCAUACAGCACUGUAAGUACCCACUGCUUGUAAAGCAUCCUGGAAAACAACCAUGACAUGUCUUUGAGAGGGCAGCUCAGGUGAGAAGCAGGGAGGAGAGAUGGCAUACAGCCAAAGAGGACAUCCUAGGUGCAACAGACAUGUUUUUAAACCAUUGAGUCACUCAGCAUAACCCCUAUGUUACAAAGAUGUAUAAAUAGCAUAACAGUGGCCACACUUUGGGAAGGUUCCAACACUACAAUGCAUGGCAUGCUGGGUAGGACCUCACAUCUGAGCCAAACUUAGCUACACCAAAUUGUUGUGUUGUCUGCAAUGAAAGGGAGACAGGCUGGAUGGCUCAAUAGUUUGUUUAAUAUCUAGAACUAACUGUCAUGGGUUAAACUACUGGGAAUUUUAUUUUAAAUACAAUGCAAAGAUUAAAUCUGAACACUAGGAUCUUAAAUAAACAUUGCUUUUUGCUUCAAG